AUGAUCUUGUACAUUAGUUUGUGUUUCAUACUGGUAGUUUUAGCGGACCCCUUGCCCGGCAAGCACGUUCCACUAGAGAGCUAUGAAAGCGAAUUGGAAAGAGAACAUGCUCUGCCGACGUCCGUGCCCAACGCGGACAUCCUCAAGACGAACAGCAACCCCACCUACCACAAGCCCAGACCGCCUGCUCAUCAUGGUGCAGCGUUGCUCGCCGGUGUGGGUGCCGUGCCGUCGUAUGCUCCGCCAGGACGAGGCUUCUUCACACCACCUUUGCCGCCCGAGUACAGAAACCCUUUCGCCGAUAAGCCGACACUUCGAGGCACAAACACAGAUGGGAACAGCUACCUCAAUCGACGGCCCAUCCCCCCUCCUUCCCUUGGACCUGGGCACGAGAGAAUUCCCAUUAGACCGCCGGGACAGGAGACAUCCUCGCCGCAAGUGCCCGCCCCGCCUCCCGCGGCCCCCGCGCCGCCCCUCCCAGAACCGACGAAGAAAAAGGCUCUAAACACGCCCAGCCAUAAGCCCGACGAAAUUGACGGCGAGAAGCACGGGACGGAUCAAGCCAACUUUACGGACUUCGUGCCGAAUUCUCUGAACAUUCCAACCAUAUCGAGGAUACUCUCCGGUUCCAAUGGGAGGAAGGAGGACAUCCCGGACGUUCUCCUGAGAACUGUGACCGCUAAACCGCAGCACAAUCAAGAGAAAACGUCGAAAAACGACGUCUUCGUCACUAAAGACGCGGGAGUCACUCUCACCGACAACAAAGAGGCGUCCACCGAAGGGGUCCUAGCCGUUCUAGAUCCAGACAUGAAUAACCUCGAUAGACCACUUAUCAUUGAUCAAAACGGCGAGACCAAUACCAGGCGGAAUCUCCAAUACGCCACGAAGGACAGGAAUGAAAGCAGAAAGGAAUUCUCGCCGGCCACGACCAUCGGCUUCGAAUUGAAGGAUCCAGAGAUGUCGACCGAGCGAUACCACAACCUCGCGAAUGUCAAUUCGGAUAAGAAGAUUCUGAAACAGGAUUCGAAGAACGGUGGACCCGUGCAAAGAGCGGGAGUCACUUGGCCCUUCGCCUGGAACCUCCAUAUUUACUUAGCCACGGGAAUGUUCACCAUUCUAGCGAUAUACUCUAUAUUCAAGAUCAUCUGCUACAAUAAGUUCACCCAUCUCUUCACGCAGUACUAUUUCAUCAUCCUCCAUUUAAUCCUAGUGUUCGUGUGCCUCAUGAGAAUAUUUUAUAUGUGCUACGACCCGUAUAACAUUAAUAACUCGCUCCCGAUAUUUAUCAGCGAGAUCUUACUUCACGUGCCAGAAAUUUUUCUCAGCAUAGCGUUCUCUAGCACGAUAUUAUUCCUACUGACGAACAGUAUCAACUUUAAGACGACGUGUUGUGCGUUUCUGUUCAGAUCUCGAACGAUCAUAAUAGCGGGGGGAUUGCAUCUACUCUCCUGCAUAAUGUUGCAUAUCUUCGAAACUAGUAAUACUAUCUAUAGAACCCCGCAGGGAGUCGAGAAAAGGGUACUAGGUCUAACGUGUCAAAUUAUAUUUAUCAUAGCCUGCCUUACGUUGGGUCUGUGCUAUCUCUAUGUAUAUAAAAUGCUCAAAGCGGUGCUCCAGAAAAAGAGCCACACCUAUAUUCACGGUUUCCAGAACCUGUAUCAAGCGAUACACAUAAACUUGGCCACGGCGCUGUUGUUCGUUCUCAUGGCAGCUCUCCAAAUUUUCGGAAUCUUCGGCAUAAAUCAAGUGAAUAUGACAAAAUUCGAUUGGCUACAAUGGGGCUACCAAUUCUCAUUGCGUCUCAUCGAGAUCAGCGUCGUCGCUCUUAUUUCGUGGGUGAUAAGUCUCAAAGUCGGCAUCGUCGCUUCGCUGCAACACGAAAAGGCGGACGGACAAAAGAUAUCCGGGUUAGGGUUGUUCCCGUGCGCCGGUGGCUCCAGCAAUGAACAAUUCGAGUCGGACUACCCCGCCAUAUGCAACACCAACACCAAUCUGCACACUUACACGCUGAGGACAGGAAAACCGAUAUACGAAACCGCCGGACACCACCAGAACAUACCGGACCAGUGUUGCGUCGGCCCGGGAGACCAUCAAAGGUUCCAUUUGAGCACGCUCGCAGCGAAUUGUGACAAUAAUUCUGGAACUGAGAAUUAUUCCGGACACAGUUCGAUAGCGAACGCCGGUCACAGUAGCUCCACGGAGUCUAGCAACGCCACCUCGAGCCAGGGGGUCACCAACCACCUGAUAAAGCAUCACCCGAACAUGGCUGGCUACAACGGCAUCGAGUCAGUCUCAGACGACCACUAUUCCAAUUGCGAUCCCGCAAUGCAGUCCUUGCAGGGAGACGACCCCCUCGACCACGAGUACAACGUCAUACAAUACGGCAGCAAUAGUGACUUCAUCAGGGACAUAAAGAACCAAAACUACACGGGGGGCUCGAAUCGCAGCUCACACAAUUUCAAACACAUGUCCUACGACAGGGUGUCGUCGAGGACGAACAGCAACCCGCGCAAGAAACAUCGUCCCAAGAACAAAAACGUUCAGAACUGCAUGACGAUGGGAUACGACCCGGCGAUGAGCCAUCACUACCACCAACCGCAUCUGCCCGACGAGUACGGCGGCUACAACGCUGAAAACGCGUCGUACCACGCGUCCGGCAUUCAGACCUUGAAUCCCAACAGGAGUUACGAUGGUCCGUGUCAAGUGAGGAGCUCGCAACGACGCAACUCCCCGUCCACGGUAAACUCCAGCGGCAGCCAGAAACGAGGCAAAGCCAACCCCUUCCCUGACCGUCCCAAGUCGACGGAUCUCUACGGCUUCAACGAAGAUCCGGACGAGAGGAACUAUCCGUGCGCGAUGAGUUCGCCGCAACCGGCGCCCAGAAAUUGCAGCUACGAGUACUCGCAACCCCAAGACGAGAUAACCCCCAACGAGCCCGCGGGGACCAUGCUGGUGGCUCAGGACGGUUUCGUUAGAUUUAGGCCUUUAGAAGACGGUCCGCCGCAGACCUGA